GUGAGCCAGGGCUUGGACUGUGGUGCUGCAGAGCUGGGCAAAGUCUGGAAGGACUUUUGAGUGCAGGGUUUAUGUGAACACAUGCGAAGUCAAGUGAUGCCCAUGCAUUUACAGUAGCCAAAGGUCAGUUUUAUUUCCCACAAAACCUUUCCCUCCAUGCGGCCUCCAGCACACCGAAAGUCCCAACUUUGCUGCACAGUUUAUCCAGUGAUGGAGCAUUGAUGGAGCCAUGAACUUGCCAGCUUUUGUAGCUGCCUUUUUUGCAAGGGGCUGAAUUUUUUCAACCCAUUUGUGUCACCUGUCAAGAAUUUUCUUGUGACUCUCGGAAACCUGCUGCAAAGUCUUCCCUAUUUGCUAUCCAACCCUGUUUUCUUCUCCCUUUAGCAGUUUCUUUUUUGAACAGCAGACGGAGGGAGCUGCCCGCACUGCCGCUGCUGCCGCUGCCCCACCGCGCGUGUGUGUGUGUAAACAGGAUGGUGUAUCUGUAGCUGCCACGCGCAAACACACAUUUGACCAUGAGGACUCUUCGCAGGUUGAAGUUCAUGAGUUCGCCCAGCCUCAGUGAUCUGGGCAAGAGAGAGCAGGCAGCCUUGGAUGAGCGGGGGACCCAGCAGCGCCGGGCCUGCUCCAACGCUACCUGGAACAGCAUCCACAAUGGAGUAAUAGCGGUGUUCCAGCGUAAGGGUCUCCCAGACCAUGAACUCUACAACCUCAACGAAGGAGUCAGGCAAUUACUGAAAACAGAACUGGGAUCCUUUUUCACUGAAUAUCUGCAGAAUCAGCUGCUCACAAAAGGCAUGGUGAUCCUGAGGGACAAGAUCCGGUUUUAUGAAGGGCAGAAACUAUUGGAUACCUUAGCUGAAACCUGGGAUUUUUUCUUCAGUGAUGUCCUGCCCAUGCUUCAGGCUAUUUUCUAUCCUGUGCAGGGGAAGGAGCCCUCGGUCCGGCAGCUGGCUCUGCUGCACUUCAGGAAUAUUAUUACCCUCAACAUAAAGCUGGAAGAUGCAUUAUCCCGUUCCAGAGCCAGAGUUCCACCCUCUAUUAUUCAGAUGCUCUUAAUACUCCAGGGGGUCCACGAGUCGAAAGGUGUGACUGAAGAUUACUUGAAGCUGGAAUCCCUGAUCCAGAAGGUCGUGUCUCCUUACUUGGGCACAUACGGUCUGUACUCCAGUGACGGACCCUUCACGCACUCUUCCUGCAUCCUGGAGAAGAGGUUCUUCAGGCGCUCCAAGUCUGGUGAUAUCCUGGCCAAGAACCCUGUGGUGAGGUCCAAGAGCUACAACAACCCUCUGCUGACGCCCGUGGCUGAGUAUGAGACGGAGGGCAUGGCCUCCAACGGGACCGGCAUCCGCAGGCACUCCGUGUCCGAAAUGACCUCCUGCCUCGAGCUCCAGGGCUACUCCAACCUCACCACCAUCAUGGACAACGGCUCCAAGAGCUCCGUGACGACCACGAAGAGCUCCCUGUCGGGAGAGCAGGAGAGGCCCAGCACCGGGUCGGUGCAGUGCUCCGGCAAGCUCAGCACAGCUGAGCAGCAGAAAGGACUCUUCCACCCUGUGGACGAUCCACACAGGUCUUUUGAACUGGACAGAGACCCUUCCUUGAUUCCAGUUCCCUCUUCCAGCCCCGAGAACAUAGUGGAUCAGAUUUUGGAGUCGAUCGACUCAGAUUCCGAAGGCAUUUUUAUUGAUUUUGGCCGGGGCUGUGCCAAUUCCUCAGCGUACAAUGUGGACGUGAACAGGCAGAGCAUCAUGUGAAGGAGACUGGGGGACAAACCUUGGGUUUUAGUAUUAUAUAUGGAAGUUACUAACACAAGGAGCCAGACUGUGGGCCAGCUGUUUAUUCCAGGGCAGAACCUCUGUUGUAGGUCACCACAGCUCUGCUGAAGUAAAGAAACACAAGCAGGCAGGAAUCUGCUGCAAGGGGGGAGAAACUCCAGCCACUUCUACCUGUCACUCUGCAGUGGGAUUUCCUAUUGUCUUUAUGAACUUGGGGGCUCACAAGCUGACAAGUGUCUGGUAAAAUGCUCUCGGUGCAGCUGGCAGUGUUUGUUCAGUAGCACAGCCCAGCAAAUAGCUGUGCUCACUUUUAAUUUUCUAAAGAGAUUUCCUGCAGACGACAGGUUGUUCUCUGUGACACCUCAGCCAGGGUAAAAAUGUAUCCUUUAAAAAAAAGAAAACCAACCAAACCAACCCCAGGGGCUGUGGGCCUUUAUACCACAGAAUACAGUGAUAAAGAAGUUUCUUUUAAUCUUUUUUCUUGUACAUCUUGUAUGCACUCCUUUGCCUAAUGGUGAGUGAGAGUUCUCGGAGAAAGGCAAAUAAACAGAAAUGUGCUUCCUGAUGUCA